AUGGAAAACAGAGGCCGCCUUGGCCUCUUGUACGACGAAGAAACCGACCUAGAAAUCGAUGCGUUGUCAGGGGCCUGGCUGUUGCCACCAGCGGCAUUUGAGUCGCUCGAGGAGGACGAGGGGCCUGCACGUGCCGCCGAUGUUGACAUUGUCCUUACGCACGUCGAGUGGGUUGGCAGGAGCUCACCGAAAUCUGCUAUCACCAGGGUCCGUGUUCAGAUCAUGCUCAAAAGUCACGAAACGUCAAGGAAGAAGACGAAGCGACCUUUCUGCUGCGAGAACCCGCAAGCAAAGCAUGUACGAAACAACAAACACCUGACCGCCUUAUCAGGCCAGAAAGAUCAGCGGAUCAGUGUCAUCACACUUGCACGACAAGCGGGAGAUACGAACGUGGAAGGGAAUGGCAAUGUGAGAUGUGAAAGGACGACGAGCUUCGUCAAAGAAAAGGCGACCUCUUUCUGA